GAUGUAGCCAGCCACCUCGAGAACACUAAAACAUUCAAGUUCAAAUUUCUUCUUCUUCUUCUUCUUCUUCUUCACUCUUCAGUUUUUGCUUAUUUUCUGCAACUACUUGUUGCAACAAACAACAUUUAAUUUGAGUAAUCACUAGAGCUUCACACUAUUUGAUAUUCUCGCUAUUUGAAACGCUAGUAACAAUGCUUCUUCAACUCUUUCUCACACUCUUGUUCACUCCUAUCUCUGUCUCUCUCAACCAAGAUGGCCUUGCUCUUCUCGCACUCAAAGCCGCAAUUUCAACUGACCCAACUCACUCGUUCGACUCAUGGUCUGACUCAGACUCAACCCCGUGUCACUGGGCUGGCAUUUACUGCAUUAGAGACCGAGUCACCUCACUCUAUCUUCCGAACAAAAACUUCACUGGCUACAUCCCCUCCGAACUCGGCCUUUUGAACUCGCUUACUCGACUCAAUCUCGCUCACAACAAUUUCUCCAAAUCAAUACCUGCCAAUCUCUUCAAUGCCACAAGCCUCGUUUAUCUCGAUCUCUCACACAACUCUUUCUCUGGUCCAAUACCUGAUCAAAUCAAAACUCUUCAACACUUAGCACACUUAGAUUUAUCUUCAAACCACCUGAAUGGGUCCUUACCCGAAUUUCUACUCGACCUAAGAGGCCUAACCGAUGAUCUAAACUUGUCUUAUAAUCAAUUUUCAGGUCAGAUUCCGCAGAUGUACGGACAUUUUCCGGUUAUGGUGAGUUUGGAUCUACGGUAUAAUAAUCUCAGCGGAGAAAUACCUCAAGUGGGGUCACUGUUGAACCAGGGACCCACUGCAUUCGCCGGAAACCCGAGGCUUUGUGGGUUUCCAUUGCAGAGUCCAUGUCCAGAAGCUGAGAAUCCCAGGGCUUUUUCAAAUCCAGAAGAACAGAAACCAGAAGACCCCAAGAGUUCAAGCUCAAGCUAUGGAGGUGAAGGGAAAGAGAAAAAGGAGAGAAGUAGUGGGUCAGUGGCAGUUUCAGUAAUUUCUGGCGUUUCGGUGGUGGUUGCGGUUGUUUUCGUCUCGGUAUGGCUGUUCCGGAGAAAACGACGAGCUGGUUGGGGCAAAAUGGGGAAGAAAAAUAAGUGUAGUGAAGUGGUGGUUGACGAAGAGGAGGGGCAAAAUGGUAAAUUCGUUGUGAUGGACGAGGGGUUUAAUUUGGAGCUGGAAGAUUUGUUGAGGGCGUCGGCUUACGUGGUGGGGAAGAGUAGAAGUGGGAUUGUGUACAAGGUGGUUGCUGGGAGACAAUCCGGUGUGGUCGCGCCUACCGUUGUUGCAGUGAGGAGGUUGAGUGAGGGUGAUAACACGUGGCGAUGGAAGGAGUUUGAAGCUGAGAUGGAGGCCAUUGGAAGGGUCCAACACCCAAACAUCGUGGGAUUGAAAGCUUACUAUUUUGCAAAUGAUGAGAAGUUGCUGAUAUCUGAUUUUGUUCGCAAUGGAAGCCUGUACACUGCGUUGCAUGGGGGACCUUCCAGUUCUUUGCCACCACUUUCAUGGGCUGCCAGGUUAAAAAUUGCUCAGGGAACUGCUAGAGGUUUAAUGUACAUACAUGAACACAGCCCUCGGAAAUAUGUUCAUGGUAACAUCAAAUCUACGAAAAUCCUUCUCGAUGAUGAACUCCGACCUUACCUCUCAGGUUUUGGAAUCACUCGUCUUGUCCCUGGUGCGUCCAAAAUGACCAAAAACCAAACCAUUGUAAACUCUGCAAUGGGUUCCAGAAUUUCUGCUCCUGCUUCAGUUUACUUGGCACCGGAAGCUCGAAUUUAUGGCAGCAAAUUCACUCACAAAUGCGAUGUCUACUCAUUUGGUAUUGUUCUCUUGGAAUUAUUAACUGGCAGACUGCCUGAUGCCGCACCUGACAACGAUGGUAAGGGGCUAGAGAGUCUUGUUAGGAAGGUGUUUCGUGAGGAGCGUCCCAUGUCUGAGAUUAUAGACCCUGCAUUGCUGAAUGAAGUUCAUGCCAAGAAACAAGUUAUCGCUGCAUUCCACAUUGCACUUAAUUGCACCGAGCUGGAUCCAGAGUUUCGUCCAAGGAUGAGAACUGUGUCGGAGAGUCUUGAUCGCAUCAAAUCACAAUGAAAAUUUUCCUGGAAGUGCCUUGUAAAGUUCUGUUCAUUGUUGCGACAUUCCAGGAUUUGAUGUCUAAGUUGUAUCAAUUUUGAUGUCCUUCUUCUAGUUAUGUAGGUUUAUUGAAAUGUAUGGCAACUUGAAACCUUUCUCGUAAGCAAGUGCAUUGUCCUUGAAUGUGUUUAUAGUCCA